AAGUCUACUCCUUCCCAUCUCCAGCUUGAGCUUAUCUUCUAAAGGUUUCGUUUUCAGUUGUUCCAAAUCGUCCUUGGAAAUCCUCGAAAACCCGUCAAGUUCUUUUAUUUAUAGUUAAGAGUUCAUCAGAAACUCGUCGCCAUUGAUGGUUGCGGUGAUGUUUUGUGGGUCAUCAUCUCCUCCGAUUAAAUCUCUUCUCUACCCAAAAAGUUGUAAAUUUGGUCAAACGAAAUCGGAUUCGAAGAGACUCUUCUCUCUGCGUGCUUCGUUGCCUGUUUCUGAUAACAAGCUUCAAGCUGAAUACACACCAUGGCUUAUCGUUGGGCUUGGUAACCCUGGAACAAAGUACUAUGGAACAAGGCAUAAUAUUGGUUUUGAGAUGAUUGAUCAUAUAGCUCGAACAACAGACAUUUCCAUGAAUACGAUACAGUCCAAAGCUUUAGUUGGGAUAGGUGCUGUUGGAGAGGUUCCGAUUUUGUUGGUUAAACCUCAGGCAUACAUGAAUUUCAGUGGUGAAUCGGUUGGGCCAUUAGCAGCUUAUUAUCAAGUACCCUUACGCCACAUUCUGAUGAUAUAUGAUGACAUGGGUUUGCCUAAUGGUGUCUUGAGGCUUCAACCAAAAGGAGGACACAGCCACCACAACGGGUUGAAGAAUGUAACGGAACAUUUAAAUGGUUGCCGUGGCUUUCCCCGUUUAUCAAUCGGAAUUGGGAAUCCACCAGGUAACAUGGACAUGAAAGCGUUUCUUCUCCAGAAAUUUAGUCCCUUGGAGCGUAAACAGAUCGAUGCGGGAAUGAAACAAGGUGUUGAAGCUGUGAGGACACUCGUUGAAUGUGGAUUCAACGACACAAUCUCUCGAUUCAAUUUGGAGCAGAAAUACAAGUUCAACACAGUUUGACACUAUAGUCCCAACAUUGUUUGCAUCCUUUGUACAUAGUUUGUCUAUCUAAUCUCAAUAUUAUUAUUUGAGGAGACAUUUUAAAAUAUAACCUUUAUUUUAUAAA